AACAUGUUGAAGCAAUUCAAUAGCAACAAAAAAUAUCCACUCCUCCCUCUAUUAUAUAACAUAACUAAAUUCACCACAUAAACACACACAGCACAAACAACCCUAUCACCAACAAAAUGAAGAUGUUUCUCACUAUCUCCUUCUUCAUUUUCUCUCUCCUUUCCCUCUCUCAUGCAUCAGUAGUAGAUUUCUGUGUAGCAGAUUACAAUUUACCUAACGGCCCGGCCGGAUACUCUUGCAAAACACCCAAAAAAGUAACCGCCGAUGACUUCGUCUUCCACGGCCUAGCCACAAGUGGAAACACCACAAACAUUAUCAAAGCCGCCGUUACACCUGCAUUCGACGCACAAUUUCCCGGUGUAAACGGCCUUGGAAUCUCCAUUGCGCGUUUAGAUUUAGCUGGAGGUGGAGUCAUUCCACUUCACACUCACCCGGGUGCUUCGGAGAUAUUGGUUGUCGUCCAAGGAACAAUCUGUGCUGGUUUUGUUUCCUCAGACAAUACUGUUUACCUUGAAACACUUUACAAAGGUGAUGUUAUGGUUUUCCCACAAGGGUUAUUGCAUUUCCAAAUUAACAGUGGUGGUUCUAAUGCACUUGCUUUUGUUAGCUUCAGUAGUGCUAAUCCUGGUUUACAGAUAUUGGAUUUUGCUUUGUUUAAGAGUGAUUUUCCUACUGAGUUGAUUACUCAAACUACUUUCCUUGAUGCUGUUGUGGUGAAGAAGCUUAAGGGUGUUCUUGGAGGUAGUGGUUAAAAAAAUGCAUGUUGAUGUUCAUGAAAGAGUGAGGAUUAUGGAUUAAAGAUUAGUGUGUUGUGUUUCAGUUGUUGUUGGAUUUGUUUCGUUGGGUCGAGUUUUUUGUUUGAAGGAAUGUAACUUUAGAAAUUUGAGACAAGAAAUGAAUAAAUUGUAUGUGUAUUUUCUUGAAUAUUUGAAUUUUUUGUGUGCGGGACUC